CACAUACAUAUAUAUAUAUAUAGUAACGCAUAUGACAUGUCACGUGUGUGAGUGUGUGUUGAGGCGUGAGGAAUACUUGGUACAGAAGUUGGAACAAGUAACUAAAAAAAAAACUAAGUCAGAGAACUGAAACUAUCUUAACAGAGCAACUCCAUGAAAUGUGUGUGCGUGGGUUGCUUUCUAUUUCUGUGCUCAUCACCCCCUGUUUCUCUCUCUUCAUGUUUCCAUUUUUGGCCAUCCACACUAUACAUGUAUAUAAUACUUACAUUUGCUGUAUAUGCAUAUAUAUAUAUAUGCAUAUAUCAUAUCUCCGUGUAUAUAUAUAUAUAUGGAGCAAAGGGUUUGAGUGCUGUGGAGUAUUUGACAUGAGGAGAAUGGAUUUUUCAUGUUUCCAAGAACACCCACACAGCUCCCAUUGGAGAGCAUCAUCUAAUGCAAUGUCUGAAAUGGAAGAGACCUGUAAUAAAAACCAGAGGCGGUCUAGGGUUUGCACCAGAGGACAUUGGAGGCCCUCGGAGGAUUCCAAGCUAAGAGAACUCGUGGCAGUUCACGGUCCCCAGAACUGGAACUUCAUCGCAGAGAGGAUGCAAGGGAGAACCGGCAAGAGCUGCAGACUGAGGUGGUUUAAUCAGCUGGAUCCGAGGAUCAGCAAGAGACCUUUCAGCGAAGAGGAAGAAGAGAAGCUCUUGGCAGUUCACAGGGCGUUUGGCAACAAAUGGGCAAUGAUCUCGAGGCUUUUUCACGGGAGAACAGACAAUGCCGUGAAGAAUCACUGGCAUGUCCUCAUGGCGAGAAAGUUCAGACAGCAAUCUGAGUCAUACAAAAGGGAACUCAAUCAGUCUGCGCAUAAUAAACCAGAAGCUGGCAAGAGACUUUCAACUACUCUUGAGACAACCCAAGUGAAUCCACAAGGCUUAGGUCUCUCUAAUGGGAAUGGAAGUGAUGAGAGCAAAAACGUGAAGAAGAACAGCUGGAACAAGCUUAAAAGAGAAAAGAAUAACCUCAGAGCUCAAUAUCUCCAAAAAGGGUAUCGUUUGAGUAAAACGAUGCAGGACCCGAGUCUCCGUCACCACUUCUCUACCUUCCCUGCAAAUUCAGAUUCCUUCUUGGCACUGAAACCUGUCUCCAUCCCCAUCCCCAUCCCCGAACCACCACCACCAUCAUCGUCAUCAUCAGUUUCAUCGACCGUUUCAGCUGCAGAAACUACAAUGGUGACCGGAUAUCUCGAGACGACCACACCUCCGACAUUUAUAGAUUUUCUCGGGGUAGGAGCCUCUUGA